AUGCUGUGGGGCCCAAUCCGGAAUGCCGUCCCCGAAAAGUGGAGGCAACAACUCAACGGGACGAUUCCAUUCCAGAAUAAAUUGAGAGAUCUAAAAACAACCAAAACCCUAGCCGCCAAACCCGUAAAGCGUGCGGCCCUGCCUCUUGAGCGCAUACACCACGUCCAUGGCGGUCACCGUCUUCCGGCGAGCAUGCUCCGUGUAGGUGACGGCGUCACGGAUGACGUUCUCGAGGAAGAUCUUCAAGACGCCACGAGUCUCCUCGUAGAUGAGGCCGCUGAUGCGCUUCACGCCGCCUCGACGGGCAAGCCGCCGUAUCGCCGGCUUGGUGAUGCCCUGGAUGUUAUCGCGAAGCACUUUCCGAUGACGCUUAGCGCCGCCCUUUCCCAAGCCCUUGCCUCCCUUUCCCCUUCCUGA